UAGCUGAAUACGUAUUACAGAUGAGGCAGGAUAUGUCAAAAAUCAAAACACGUGUGGAAGAAUUUAACCUGUUUUAAGUGACGUUUCUUUUUAACCUCGAAGUUUUCAACAACAUACGGCCUCCUGAUAGUAAUUGUUGCUUACUAUCAAAAGUACCGUAUGGUUUUAAAAUAAAAUAGCUUAUCUUUAUUUCAUGUCCUAUUUCGUUACUUUUUCACAUAAAAAUGGCAAACAUUGAAAGAAAAGGGACGUUUAAAGUACAAUACCUGCAAAAACUAGAAAAGGAGGUUCAAGAACGUUGGAAAAAUGAAAAGAUCUUCGAAAUUGAUGCACCAGAAACGCCAAGAAAAUCUGAGGAUGAAAAGUUCUUUUGCAAUUUUCCAUACCCUUACAUGAAUGGAAGGCUACAUCUUGGGCAUACGUUUAGUUUGUCGAAAUGUGAAUUUGCUGUACGUUACAACCGUCUAAAAGGGAAAAAGGUCCAAUUCCCAUUUGGUUUUCACUGUACGGGAAUGCCAAUUAAGGCAUGUGCUGACAAACUGAAGAGAGAGAUGGAAUUGUAUGGAAAUCCACCCAAAUUUCCAGAAGUAGAAGAGGAAGUUAAAGAGGAAGAAAAGGAUGGUAUUCCUAAAGAUAAAAGUAAAUCAAAAAAGAGCAAAGCUGUGGCUAAAGCUGGUCCAGCAAAAUUCCAAUGGCAAAUAAUGCAAAGUAUUGGUCUCGAUGAUAAGGAUAUUCCAAAAUUUGCUGAUGCUCUGUAUUGGUGUGAAUUUUUCCCUCCUAAAGCUGUGGAAGACCUUAAUAGGUUUGGAAUACAUACUGACUGGAGAAGAACAUUCAUCACAACAGAUGCGAAUCCUUUCUAUGAUUCUUUUGUAAGGUGGCAAUUCAUCAGGUUAAAAGAGCGUAAUAAGAUUAAGUUUGGUAAAAGAAAUACUAUCUUUUCCGUAAGAGAUGGACAGCCUUGUAUGGAUCAUGACCGUGCUUCAGGGGAAGGUGUGGGACCACAGGAAUAUACUCUUAUCAAGAUGAAACUUUUGGCUCCAUAUCCUGCAAAAUUAAGUCCUCUUAAAAACAAAGCAGUAUUUUUGGUAGCAGCAACAUUGAGGCCCGAAACCAUGUAUGGACAGACAAACUGUUGGUUAAGACCGGAUAUGAAAUAUAUUGGCUUCGAAACGAAAAAUAAUGAGGUAUUUGUUUGUACACAAAGGGCUGCAAGAAAUAUGGCUUUCCAAGAAUUUACCAAAGAACAGGGAAAGUUUGACAUCGUUGUGGAGUUGACAGGGCAGGAUCUUCUUGGUUGUGCCUUAGCCAGCCCGUUAUCAGUCUACCCCAAAAUAUACGCCCUCCCUAUGCUGACCAUAAAAGAGGACAAAGGAACUGGUGUCGUCACCAGUGUACCUUCCGAUUCUCCGGACGAUUACGCAGCUAUUGUAGACCUUAAGAAGAAGCAACCCUUCAGGGAAAAGUACGGAAUCACGGAUGAAAUGGUACUGCCCUUUGAGCCUGUUCCCGUGCUCGAAAUUCCAGGAUUUGGCGAUAUGGCCGCUGUGUUUGUGUGUGAGAAGUUGAAAAUUCAAAGUCAAAAUGAUAAGGAUAAGUUGGUAGAAGCUAAGGAGAUGGUUUAUUUAAAGGGCUUCUAUGAAGGGGUGAUGUCCAUUGGUGAAUACAAAGGUAAAAAGAUCCAGGAUGUUAAGAAACUCAUCCAGAACUCCCUCAUCGACAAAUCCGAAGGAGUAAUAUACUACGAACCCGAGAAAAAAGUAAUGUCCCGUUCUGGAGACGAAUGCGUCGUGGCUCUUUGCGACCAAUGGUUCCUCGAUUAUGGAAACGAAGAAUGGAAAAACUCGGCCUUAAAGGCUUUAGAUAACAUAAACACCUACUACGAUGAAGUUAGGAAGAACUUCAUCGGUUGCAUCAAUUGGCUGCACGAGCAUGCUUGUUCUAGGACUUACGGACUCGGUACUAAGUUACCUUGGGACCCCAAAUGGCUAAUCGAGUCUCUUUCCGAUUCCACUAUUUAUAUGGCGUACUACACUGUGGCACAUUUGAUUCAGGGAGGCACUUUCAAGGGCACUGGUCCUAAUGCUCUUGACAUCAAAGCAGACCAAAUGACUCCAGAAGUUUGGGAUUACAUAUUUUUCAAAGAAGCUAAAUACCCUUCUAACUGUGGAAUCAAAAAAGAAAAAUUGGAUAAAAUGAAGCGGGAGUUUGAAUAUUGGAUGCCAUUUGAUUUGAGAGUAUCAGGUAAGGACUUGGUGCAAAACCAUUUAACAUACUGCAUUUUCAAUCACGUCGCCAUGUGGGACAAGGAUAAGUCCAAAUGGCCGAAAAGCAUUUGGGCCAAUGGUCUGCUCAUGUUAAACUCGGCUAAAAUGUCAAAAUCCGACGGUAAUUUCCUAACUCUUGGAGAAGCCGUCGAUAAAUUUAGCGCCGACGGUACCAGAUUAUGUCUCGCGGAUUCAGGAGAUACCAUCGAAGACGCUAACUUUGUUGAAAGCAACGCGGAUGCUGGAAUUCUGCGUCUUUACACCUUUAUUGAAUGGGUAAAGGAGGUUUUGGCUAAUAAAUCAACUUACAGGACGGGGCCAUUCAAUUCCUUCAGCGACGAUGUAUUCCAGAACGAAAUGAAUCAAAAGAUCAAAGAAACCGACGAAUUCUAUAAGAAGAUGUUGUUUAAAGAAGCACUGCGAACCGGUCUUUUCGAAUUCCAGGCCAUCAGAGACAAAUACCGAGAGAUAAGCUUAGACGGAAUGCACAUUGAUCUGGUUAUGAAGUUUAUUGAAGUGCAAACCAUCAUUUUGGCUCCCAUUUGUCCACAUGUAUCUGAACAUGUUUGGGAACUCAUAGGAAACAAAACCAGCGUCGUAAAUGCAUCGUGGCCAGUGGUAGGUCCUAUUGAUGAGAUAAAGAUCAAGGCGUCGGAAUACCUUAUGGAAUGCGCUCAUUCGUUUAGAGUCCACCUGAAAACGUAUAUGCAAGGUGUAAAAACGAAAAACCAUCCCAAUCCUCCACCUGUAGAGAAGCCUAACAUUAUCAACAUAUGGGUAGCUAAGACUUUUCCAGAAUGGCAGAGCCUGGUGUUAACUACGUUGAAAAAUCAUUUCCAGGCAAACAAAGGUGUUCUUCCUGAUAACAAAACUCUUUCUGUGGAGUUCGGCAAAAUGAACGAGCUCAAAAAGUACAUGAAACGCGUUAUGCCUUUCGUCCAAGCUACUAGAGAAAAAAUUGAGCAAUUAGGAGUGAAAGCCUUAGCACUAACACUGGAGUUCGAUGAAGCUGCUGUGCUUAAGACCAACAGUGCAUACCUAGCGUAUACUUUAGAUCUCGAAGAAGUUAUCAUUAAGUAUACUGAUGACCCAGAAGCAACUGAGAAGAUGAAAGAGUGCUGUCCAGGCUCUCCUUUUGUACUGUUUUCUACAAAACCAGGUAUUAAAUUAGAAUUUAUAAAUCCUGUCCCACAGAAUGGGCUCUUUUCAAAGGUGCUGACCGUUAGUGACGGAGAUACUUACGAAAAAGUCGUGCAAAGGCUCGCCAAAGAUAGUAAAGCUAUGAAAAAACCAGAAUCUAUUCAGCUAUGGAGGUUUGAAGAUCCCGUUCUUGGGCCUACAAAAAUACCAGCGUUCAAUGAACCAACUAAGGAUAAGCUUCAAGUAUCACCUGAUAGUGUCUUCAAGAUUGACGGUUCGAAACUUAAACUGUUAUUAGGAAAACAAACUGUUGAUCUAGGAAGCCAAAUAACUUAUUUAGUUGUGUAACAAUAAGAUUAUUUGUUUAUUUAUUUAUACAGUUUUAAUAAAUAUGGAGUUUCUUAAAAGG